AUGACAUCCCAAACCAAACCCCUUGUCUGGCUCAUAACCGGCUGCUCCGCCGGAUUCGGCAAGUCCCUGGCCCUCCUCGUCCUCAAGGCAGGCCACCACGUAAUCGCCACCUCCCGAACACCUUCUAAAUCCACAUCCCUUGUCAAGAAAGUCGAAGCGCUAGGCGGAAUAUGGCUUCCUCUAGAUCUAACCUCCGGCAAAGAAAACAUGCAAAAAAUCGUGGAUGAGGGGACUAAGAAAUGGGGGCGCAUUGACGUCUUGGUUAACAAUGCUGGGAUAUCGAUUUUGGGGGCGUUGGAGGACUUUAGUGAGCAAGAGGCAAAACUGGUUAUGGAAACGAAUUUCUUUGGUCCAGUAAGAUUGAUUCAGAGAGUGCUGCCUCAAAUGCGAGCCCGCCGAAGUGGUAUCAUAGUCAAUAUUUCCAGCGGUGCGGGCGUGGAUCCCAGCCCCGCGAUGGGAAUGUAUGGGGCCUCAAAAUGGGCACUUGAAGGUGCAUCUCAAGGUUUUGCGAAAGAGCUAUCGCCGUUUGGAAUCAGGGUUUUGAUUGUCCAACCGGGUGCUUUUACGACGAACAUGAUGAAUGCGGUGACGAUGACGGAGAAAGAUGCGAGUGUGAACUACAAGGGCACGGUUGUGGAGAAGAUGGUGGAUGUUUUUAGGACGAAUGGGGAGUUCAAGGCGCCGAAUGAUGUUGAGAAGGGCUGUCAGGGGAUCUUUGAGGUAGUGACGGGAACGGGGAGAGGGGUGGGAAAGGAGGGGUAUAGCAGGUUGGUGUUGAGUAGGGAUAUUGGGCAGAGGACGCUCGAGCAGACGAAGAGGAAUACCGAUGCUUUGGAGGCAUUUAGGGAUGUUUGGGAGAAUACUGGGCAUGAUGGUGGGGUUGUGAAGUCGAUGGCGGAGAUUGAGUCGGAGGCUGCUAGUGCGUGAUUUCCGUCAGCGAUGAAGAACCAUGUGUGAUAGACAUACAGUCAUUGUGAAUCUAUGUGGACAAGGAAG